AUGACGUGCAUCCAGCCGCACGAGGUGCUCAAGGCAUCUGGCGUGGCUGAGGAAUUCAAGCAGGGCAUGGGAACCGCAGCCUUCGUUUCGCAUCAGUGGGUCGGCUACGAUCAUCCAGAUCCCGACUUCAAGCAAUUCCGCGUGCUUCAGGAGGCGCUGACCUACAUCAUGACGGAGCUGGAGAGCAUCCCGCCAGAUGGGUACUCGCGGGUCAUUUGCCAUUGCCAACCACUGCCGACACAGGCAUUUCGGACAUCUACCAUCUUUGUAUGGUACGAUUACUUCUCCUGCCCACAGUUAGGCAGCAAGGCAAGCGGGCAUUUGGGUGAAGAAGACGACCUCUCCAAAGCCGUGGGUAGCAUCCCUUCAUACGUGCUUCGAUGUGAGUAUUUCUUUGCGCUCUGUCCAGUGGUGGCGGCCGUUGAGGAGCUCUGGGCGCAGAAAGCACUUCGGCCCUGGGAGCUGGUGGAAUGGGAGCUGAGCGAGAGCCUGAUUACCUGUGCCGUGUUUCGUGGAGGCUCGGCUGAGUUCGUGCAGAGGCUUGUGGAGUUGCGGGCCAACGUCAAUCAUCAACGGACGAGAUCGCUCCUCCCCGCCUCGAACUUCGAAAUUUCUGAGGGCCUUGGGGCUUUGCAGUACCGGCUGGGCAGGGAAGGCGUUUGGGAGGCGUACUGUUAUCACUGCAACGGCAUGACGCCUUUGAUGUCGGCAGUGCUGUGUGGGCAGCAUGAGUCAGCGGCUGCUCUCAUCGCAGCAGGUGCACGGCUGGAUCUUGUGAACUCCAGAAAUUGGACAGCUGCAGAUUUCGGCCGCGAGCGCUCGCCACCAGACUUCCUUCAUGAGGCUUUUGCAGGGUGCACUGAAGGAUGCGAAAGAGUUGCAGCAGUAGCCAGAGGCUAUAGCGUAAUGAAGAUCUGA